AUGUGGUCGAUGUGCCACGUAUUGGGUGCAUUGAGCUUCUUCUAUACGGCUAGCGGGAUUAAUAAUGGCAAGUUAGUGGACGUCAGAAAGUUUCCAUAUGUGGUCGCCAUCUUACUCGAGUCGUCUCUAGAUUCGUACAGUUGUACCGGAGGCAUCGUUAGCGACAAAUUCGUUAUAUCCGCCGCCCAUUGCUUCUCCACAUCGAGACCCUAUAACGAAUUAUUUUUCAAAACCAAGCAAAACUACCAGGAACGCCUGGUGAAGGUCUACCCCGGCGUGAAUAACGUGCGUCAAAUCAAGACGACCGACUGGUACGCGCUGGCCGUGGAGAUUUACAUCUUGAAGAAGUACUUUGUAGAUAUCAUCGCUGACAUUGCACUGUUGAAGUUGGAUCGUAGCCUCGGCCAAUCGCGAAUUCCUUUCCAAAAGUUGAAAAUACCGGAUCAGGACAAAGGCGUGGAAUCUGAUUACAAGCGCGGCGUAUACUGGACUGCUGGCUACGGGGAGGACCCGUCAAAGGACAAAACUAAUCCGCAAAAUGCGGGAUGCUUGAAGCAGAUUUUUACCGUUCCUAUAGCGCGUGACAAAUGCAAAGGAACGAAAGCCAUUCCUAUCAAAGAUACGAAACAAUUGUGUUGCCUAAGUGUCGAGAACGAUGCUACGUUGGAACUGCCGAGCGUUCCAUUAGGAACGUGCCGAGGCGACAGCGGCAGUCCGAUUGUUAUGCGUACCAAAGGCACCGAUCAAGAGACUAUCAUAGGCCUAGUGGGCACAGGACGCGAAACGUACGACAGCCGAAAGACUCCGGAGAUACACAUAAACGUUGCAGCUUUCGUUGACGACUUUAUAAAGCCCGUUAUCGAGGACCGCGUCAUCAGCUAUCCUACUAUUGGCAAGUACCGCAGUAAAGUUUAG